CAAUGCGACGUGUUGUUUGACGAGAAGCAUCAAGUUUAAGAAUGUUUUGAGAGUUAAGAAAAGUCUCGAGAAACCUGAACAGAACAUGAUAUGAGGACCGCUGGUCACGAUCACGAUCCGUAAAAUAAAAUGGGAUGUGUUUAUUUCAAAACUGUACGUAAAGGCACAGCGCUUCUCUUCUUUGUCAUUCUUCAGGGGAUGAAUGCACAGAGUUCCAGUACAAAGCCAGAUGUGAUCAGGAAUCUCACUGUCUCUGACUUCACAACUUCAUCUGUGUUUCUGAAAUGGGAUGAACCAAUUGGAAAUAGAUCUUCCUUCAAACUUCAAUGGACUGGUGAUAUAACAAACGAAGCAGUAACCAAUCACACAUCCUAUAACAUCACUGGACUAACUGCUGGUGUCAACUACACAUUGAACAUCAGAGCUGUUGCAGCAGAUAAUGUGACAGAAGGCCAACCAAUCAGGAUCUCAGUCUAUACUAAGCCUGAUGUCAUAUUGAAUCUCAGUGUUGAUAAUAUUACAACAUCAUCUGUCACACUAAACUGGACUAAACCAAACGGCCAAAGCUCCCAUUACAGAGUAGAAUAUGAAAAUAACAAUGUGACUAUCAAUGAAACUACUGAGAAAACCUUCAUCACAAUAAAUAAUCUGAUUCCUGGAUCACAGUACACGUUCAAAGUUUUUACAGUCACAGCUGAUAAUGUGACAGAGGGGACAUCAGAUCAGAUUUCACUGUAUACCAGGCCAGAUGUGAUCAGGAAUCUCAAUGUCUCUGACAUCACAACUUCAUCUGUGUUUCUGAAAUGGGAUGAACCAAUUGGAAAUAGAUCUUCCUUCAAACUUCAAUGGACUGGUGAUAAAACAGACGAAACAGUAACCAAUCACACAUCCUAUAACAUCACUGGACUAACUGCUGGUGUCAGCUAUACAUUGAACAUCAGAGCUGUUGCAGCAGAUAAUGUGACAGAGGGCCAACCAAUCAGGAUCUCAGUCUAUACUAGGCCAGAUAUGAUCAGGAAUCUCAAUAUCUCUGACAUCACAACUUCAUCUGUGUUUCUGAAAUGGGAUGAACCAAUUGGAAAUAGAUCUUCCUUCAAACUUCAAUGGACUGGUGAUAAAACAGACGAAACAGUAACCAAUCACACAUCCUAUAACAUCACUGGACUAACUGCUGGUGUCAGCUACACAUUGAACAUCACAGCUGUUGCAGCAGAUAAUGUGACAGAAGGCCAACCAAUCAGGAUCUCAGUCUAUACUAGGCCAGAUGUGAUCAGGAAUCUCAAUGUCUCUGACAUCACAACUUCAUCUGUGUUUCUGAAAUGGGAUGAACCAAUUGGAAAUAGAUCUUCCUUCAAACUUCAAUGGACUGGUGAUAAAACAGAUGAAACAGUAACCAAUCACACAUCCUAUAACAUCACUGGACUAACUGCUGGUGUCAGCUACACAUUCAACAUCAGAGCUGUUGCAGCAGAUAAUGUGACAGAAGGCCAACCAAUCAGGAUCUCAGUCUAUACUAGGCCAGAUGUGAUCAGGAAUCUCAAUGUCUCUGACUUCACAACUUCAUCUGUGUUUCUGAAAUGGGAUGAACCAAUUGGAAAUAGAUCUUCCUUCAAACUUCAAUGGACUGGUGAUAAAACAGACGAAACAGUAACCAAUCACACAUCCUAUAUCAUCACUGGACUAACUGCUGGUGUCAACUACACAUUGAACAUCACAGCUGUUGCAGCAGAUAAUGUGACAGAAGGCCAACCAAUCAGGAUCUCAAUCUAUACUAGGCCAGAUGUGAUCAGGAAUCUCACUGUCUCUGAAAUCACAACUUCGUCUGUGUUUCUGAAAUGGGAUGAACCAAUUGGAAAUAGAUCUUCCUUCAAACUUCAAUGGACUGGUGAUAAAACAGACGAAACAGUAACCAAUCGCACAUCCUAUAACAUCACUGGACUAACUGCUGGUGUCAGCUACACAUUGAACAUCAGAGCUGUUGCAGCAGAUAAUGUGACAGAAGGCCAACCAAUCAGGAUCUCAGUCUAUACUAGGCCAGAUGUGAUCAGGAAUCUCAAUGUCUCUGACAUCACAACUUCGUCUGUGUUUCUGAAAUGGGAUGAACCAAUUGGAAAUAGAUUUUCCUUCAAACUUCAAUGGACUGGUGAUAAAAUAGACGAAACAGUAACCAAUCACACAUCCUAUAUCAUCACUGGACUAACUGCUGGUGUCAACUACACAUUGAACAUCAAAGCUGUUGCAGCAGAUAAUGUGACAGAGGGCCAACCAAUCAGGAUCUCAUUCUAUAUUAGGCCAGAUGUGAUCAGGAAUCUCACUGUCUCUGAAAUCACAACUUCAUCUGUGUUUCUGAAAUGGGAUGAACCAAUUGGAAAUAGAUCUUCCUUCAAACUUCAAUGGACUGGUGAUAAAACAGACGAAACAGUAACCAAUCACACAUCCUAUAACAUCACUGGACUAACUGCUGGUGUCAGCUACACAUUGAACAUCAGAGCUGUUGCAGCAGAUAAUGUGACAGAAGGCCAACCAAUCAGGAUCUCAGUCUAUACUAGGCCAGAUAUGAUCAGGAAUCUCAAUGUCUCUGACAUCACAAGUUCGUCUGUGUUUCUGAAAUGGGAUGAACCAAUUGGAAAUAGAUCUUCCUUCAAACUUCAAUGGGCUGGUGAUAAAACAGAUGAAACAGUAACCAAUCACACAUCCUAUAACAUCACUGGACUAACUGCUGGUGUCAGCUACACAUUCAACAUCAGAGCUGUUGCAGCAGAUAAUGUGACAGAGGGCCAACCAAUCAGGAUCUCAGUCUAUACUAGGCCAGAUGUGAUCAGGAAUCUCAAUAUCUCUGACAUCACAACUUCAUCUGUGUUUCUGAAAUGGGAUGAACCAAUUGGAAAUAGAUCUUCCUUCAAACUUCAAUGGGCUGGUGAUAUAACAAAUGAAGCAGUAACCAAUCACACAUCCUAUAACAUCACUGGACUAACUGCUGGUGUCAGCUACACAUUCAACAUCGGAGCUGUUGCAGCAGAUAAUGUGACAGAGGGCCAACCAAUCAGGAUCUCAAUCUAUACUAGGCCAGAUAUGAUCAGGAAUCUCAAUGUCUCUGACAUCACAAGUUCGUCUGUGUUUCUGAAAUGGGAUGAACCAGUUGGAAAUAGAUCUUCCUUCAAACUUCAAUGGACUGGUGAUAAAACAGAUGAAACAGUAACCAAUCACACAUCCCAUAACAUCACUGGACUAACUGCUGGUGUCAGCUACACAUUCAACAUCAGAGCUGUUGCAGCAGAUAAUGUGACAGAGGGCCAACCAAUCAGGAUCUCAGUCUAUACUAGGCCAGAUGUGAUCAGGAAUCUCAAUGUCACUGACAUCACAACUUCAUCUGUGUUUCUGAAAUGGGAUGAACCAGUUGGAAAUAGAUGUUCCUUCAAACUUCAAUGGACUGGUGAUAAAACAGAUGAAACAGUAACCAAUCACACAUCCUAUAACAUCACUGGACUAACUGCUGGUGUCAGCUACACAUUCAACAUCAGAGCUGUUGCAGCAGAUAAUGUGACAGAAGGCCAACCAAUCAGGAUCUCAGUCUAUACUAGGCCAGAUGUGAUCAGGAAUCUCAAUAUCUCUGACAUCACAACUUCAUCUGUGUUUCUGAAAUGGGAUGAACCAAUUGGAAAUAGAUCUUCCUUCAAACUUCAAUGGGCUGGUGAUAUAACAAAUGAAGCAGUAACCAAUCACACAUCCUAUAACAUCACUGGACUAACUGCUGGUGUCAGCUACACAUUCAACAUCGGAGCUGUUGCAGCAGAUAAUGUGACAGAGGGCCAACCAAUCAGGAUCUCAAUCUAUACUAGGCCAGAUAUGAUCAGGAAUCUCAAUGUCUCUGACAUCACAAGUUCGUCUGUGUUUCUGAAAUGGGAUGAACCAGUUGGAAAUAGAUCUUCCUUCAAACUUCAAUGGACUGGUGAUAAAACAGAUGAAACAGUAACCAAUCACACAUCCCAUAACAUCACUGGACUAACUGCUGGUGUCAGCUACACAUUCAACAUCAGAGCUGUUGCAGCAGAUAAUGUGACAGAGGGCCAACCAAUCAGGAUCUCAGUCUAUACUAGGCCAGAUGUGAUCAGGAAUCUCAAUGUCACUGACAUCACAACUUCAUCUGUGUUUCUGAAAUGGGAUGAACCAGUUGGAAAUAGAUGUUCCUUCAAACUUCAAUGGACUGGUGAUAAAACAGAUGAAACAGUAACCAAUCACACAUCCUAUAACAUCACUGGACUAACUGCUGGUGUCAGCUACACAUUCAACAUCAGAGCUGUUGCAGCAGAUAAUGUGACAGAAGGCCAACCAAUCAGGAUCUCAGUCUAUACUAGGCCAGAUGUGAUCAGGAAUCUCAAUAUCUCUGACAUCACAACUUCAUCUGUGUUUCUGAAAUGGGAUGAACCAAUUGGAAAUAGAUCUUCCUUCAAACUUCAAUGGGCUGGUGAUAUAACAAAUGAAGCAGUAACCAAUCACACAUCCUAUAACAUCACUGGACUAACUGCUGGUGUCAGCUACACAUUCAACAUCGGAGCUGUUGCAGCAGAUAAUGUGACAGAGGGCCAACCAAUCAGGAUCUCAAUCUAUACUAGGCCAGAUGUGAUCAGGAAUCUGAAUGUCUCUGACAUCACAACUUCGUCUGUGUUUCUGAAUUGGGAUGAACCAAUUGGAAAUAGAUCUUCCUUCAAACUUCAGUGGACUGGUGAUAAAACAGACAAAACAGUAACCAAUCACACAACCUAUAACAUCACUGGACUAACUGCUGGUGUCAACUACACAUUGAACAUCAGAGCUGUUGCAGCAGAUAACGUGACAGAAGGCCAACCAAUCAGGAUCUCAGUCUUUACUAGGCCAGAUGUGAUCAGGAAUCUCAAUGUCUCUGACAUCACAACUUCGUCUGUGUUUCUGAAAUGGGAUGAACCAAUUGGAAAUAGAUCUUCCUUCAAACUUCAAUGGAUUGGUGAUCAAAUAGAUGAAACAGUAACCAAUCACACAUCCUAUAACAUCACUGGACUAACUGCUGGUGUCAACUACACAUUGAACAUCAGAGCUGUUGCAGCAGAUAAUGUGACAGAAGGCCAACCAAUCAGGAUCUCAGUCUAUACUAGGCCAGAUGUGAUCAGGAAUCUCAACGUCUCUGAUAUCAAAACUUCGUCUGUGUUUCUGAAAUGGGAUGAACCAAUUGGAAAUAGAUCUUCCUUCAAACUUCAAUGGACUGGUGAUAUAACAAACAAAGCAGUAACCAAUCACACAUCCUAUAACAUCACUGGACUAACUGCUGGUGUCAACUACACAUUCAACAUCACAGCUGUUGCAGCAGAUAAUGUGACAGAAGGCCAACCAAUCAGGAUCUCAGUCUAUACUAGGCCAGAUGCGAUCGGGAAUCUCAAUGUCUCUGACAUCACAACUUCGUCUGUGUUUCUGAAAUGGGAUGAACCAAUUGGAAAUAGAUUUUCCUUCAAACUUCAAUGGACUGGUGAUAAAAUAGACGAAACAGUAACCAAUCACACAUCCUAUAACAUCACUGGACUAACUGCUGGUGUCAACUACACAUUGAACAUCAGAGCUGUUGCAGCAGAUAAUGUGACAGAAGGCCAACCAAUCAGGAUCUCAGUCUAUACUAGGCCAGAUGUGAUCAGGAAUUUCAAUGUCUCUGACAUCACAACUUCAUCUGUGUUUCUGAAAUGGGAUGAACCAAUUGGAAAUAGAUCUUCCUUCAAACUUCAAUGGACUGGUGAUAUAACAAAAGAAACAGUAACCAAUCUCACAUCCUAUAACAUCACUGGACUAACUGCUGGUGUCAGCUACACAUUCAACAUCACAGCUGUUGCAGCAGAUAAUGUGACAGAAGGCCAACCAAUCAGGAUCUCAGUCUAUACUAGGCCAGAUGUGAUCAGGAAUCUCAAUGUCUCUGACAUCUCAAUUUCGUCUGUGUUUCUGAAAUGGGAUGAACCAAUUGGAAAUAGAUCUUCCUUCAAACUUCAAUGGACUGGUGAUAUAACAAACAAAGCAGUAACCAAUCACACAUCCUAUAACAUCACUGGACUAACUGCUGGUGUCAACUACACAUUCAACAUCACAGCUGUUGCAGCAGAUAAUGUGACAGAAGGCCAACCAAUCAGGAUCUCAGUCUAUACUAGGCCAGAUGUGAUCAGGAAUCUCAAUGUCUCUGACAUCACAACUUCGUCUGUGUUUCUGAAAUGGAAUGAACCAAUUGGAAAUAGAUCUUCCUUCAAACUUCAAUGGACUGGUGAUAAAAUAGAUGAAACAGUAACCAAUCACACAUCCUAUAACAUCACUGGACUAACUGCUGGUGUCAACUACACAUUCAACAUCACAGCUGUUGCAGCAGAUAAUAAGACAGAAGGCCAACCAAUCAGGAUCUCAGUCUAUACUAAGCCUGAUGUCAUAUUGAAUCUCAGAGUUGAUAAUACUACAACAUCAUCUGUCUCACUAAACUGGACUAAACCAAAUGGCCAAAGCUCCCAUUACAGAGUAGAAUAUGAAAAUAACAAUGUGAAUAUCAGUGAAACUACUGAGAAAACCUUCAUCACAAUAAAUAAUCUGAUUGCUGGAUCACAGUACACAUUCAAAGUUUUUACAGUUGCAGCUGAUAAUGUGACAGAGGGAAGAUCCGAUCAGAUUUCAUUGUAUACCAGGAAACUGGAUAAAACUGGGAUGAUUGUUGGCAUAGCUCUUGGCGUGUUCUGUAUUCUCAUUACGGUCACUCUAAUUCUAUUCUUCUAUUCAAGAAGAAAAACAAAGGAAAAAUGUUCAGAAAUCCCUUUCCACACCAUUAGUUUAUUAUUAUUCUCAAUGUUUUCUUUUUUCAUGGCAAGCAGCAGUAUUGCUUUGAGAAUAGAAGAUUAUGAGGAAUACUUCAAACGGAAACAUGCAGACUCCAACUGUGGUUUUGCUGAAGAGUAUGAGGACUUGAAACCUGUUGGAACUGCACAGCCUAAAAAUGCUGCCCUCGCUAUUGAAAACAAGGCGAAGAACCGUUAUUCUAAUGUGUUACCUUAUGAUGCUUCAAGAGUAAAAUUAUCAAUAUGUGGCAGCCCCUUUGAUGAUUACAUCAAUGCUAACUACAUCCCAGGUUACAAUUCAAGAAAAGAGUUUAUAGCUGCUCAGGGUCCAUUGCCAAUCACAGUGAAUGAAUUCUGGAGAAUGAUCUGGGAGAAGAACGUCUACACCAUAGUGAUGCUGACCAGAUGCAAUGAACAAGGACGAGUGAAGUGUGAGAAGUACUGGCCAUCUAGGACAAGUCUUCAUCAUAACAUCUCAGUAACAACAACCUCAGAGAUACCAAUGGAGAGCUGGACCAUAAGAGAUUUUACCAUAAAAAAUGUAAAGACAGCUGAGACUCGUGCUGUACGCCACUUCCACUUCACGGCAUGGCCGGAUCAUGGAGUUCCGCAGACCACUGAAAUUCUCAUUGACUUCAGACACCUGGUGAGAGAACACAUGGACCAGUACUCAAGCCACUCUCCAAGUGUGGUGCAUUGCAGUGCUGGUGUGGGUAGAACAGGAACCUUCAUUGCCAUUGAUCGUCUGAUCUUCCAGAUUGAGAGAGAAAGCAUGGUGGAUGUCUAUGGAAUCGUCAAUGAUAUGCGCAUGCACAGACCUCUCAUGGUGCAGACUGAGGAGCAAUACGUUUACCUCCACCAGUGUGCCUAUGACAUCAUAAGAUCAAGAACUGGAACCAAUGUGGACUUAAUUUACCAGAACACAGGAGCGCUUGACAUCUAUGAGAAUUUAAAGUUUUACAAAUCUUAAAUUUAGAUGGUCUCAUGAUGGCCUUUAUCACAAGAUCAUACUUAUUUAAGAUAAUAUAAAACUCAUCUAACUCUUGAUUUCACAAUCUGAAAUGCACUCUUUACAUUCAACACGUAGUUGGAUGCACUUUAUUUCCUGCUUAAAUCUUCUGAUGAGGGACAUUUUUAUUUCAAUAAGUUAAACACUGGAAGGAAUGGAGACAUUCUGUUUGUUAAUACACUUUACAGAAAACAGCAAAUAAUGUAAUUUUAGACAAAAAUAAUUGUAUCUCUAAUAUUUAUAUCAAGAGCUUUUUAUUUUUUUACUGUGGAAUGUCCAGAGGGUAUAUCUGUAUAAUUUAAUGAAAUAUUCAUGAAGAUGUCUAACCUCUGUACAAUCUUAAUACAGACAACUUGAUUGUAUCUGCUGAUAGAGGCCUUUCUGAGAUUUCUUAUUUUUAUAUAGCGUUUAUUUCUUUUUAGAUUAUUUAGUGGAAUAUCUGUUGUAAUUCUACAGUUAUUGCCAUUUUUUCCAAGUGGUAAUACAAAUUAUGCUUACAAGCGAGCUGCUUAACCAGAGGUCACAUAAAAAUUUACUUUUAGGGAAAUUCCAUGAAGUGGAAUGGAUCAGUUGGUCCUUUAAAGAGAGAAUAUGUUCAACCACUUAGGGUGAAAACAUCCUUCUUUCUCCUCCUCCCUUUAGAAGGCACUCCAAACACUCUGGUUGUCAAUGCACAUAAUACAUAUACAGCUCUGGAAAAAAUUAAGAGACCAUUCCAAAUGUUUCUUCAAUCAGCAUCUCUACAUGUAUGGCAGCCAUUCCAGCAUCUGUUGAAUUCCUGCUUGAAUUUUUGCGCCAGGAGUGGCAUGAAGUCACCCAACAGCAAUGUGAAAGACUGGUAGAGAGCAUGCCAAGACGCAUGAAAGCUGUGAUUGAAAAUCAGGGUUAUUCCAUCAAAUAUUGAUUUCUGAACUCUUCCUAUGUUAAAAAAAAUAAUAUUGUGUUAUUUAAAAAUGAAUAUGUACUUGUUUUCUUUGCAUUAUUCGAGGUCUGAAAACACUGCAUCUUUUUUGUUAUUUUGACCAGAUGUCAUUUUCUGCAAAUAAAUGCUGUAAAUGACAAUAUUUUUAUUUGGAAUUUGGAAGAAAUGUUAUCAGUAGUUUAUAGAAUAAAAUACAAAUGUUCAUUUUACUCAAACACAUACCUAUAAAUAGUAAAUCAAGAGAAACUGAACAUUUGGAGUGGUCUCAUAAUUUUUUUCAGAGCUGUAUAUGUUUUAUUAUUAUAAUGCUUUUACAGUGAUCACUACCAAAAUUAUGUUUCCAUGUGCAAAUUGUAUGUUUCUAUUUUCAAAAUAAAUUUUCCACAAAGGGGGAAGAAAAACUUUUGUUUAUACUCUCUUUUUUUUUUUAAGGGUCUGUCAUGUGCAUGAAACACAACAUGCACUGGAUUUUAUUUGCUUGUUUUUAUUUGUACUAUUUCUAUCUAUCUGUCCGUCUUUGUCUGUCUGUCUAUAGCACUUUUCAAGAAAAUGUAUUGUUUAUACCUUUAUAUGACCAGCACUGGCAAUGCUUUUAUUUAUUUAACAUUUUAAUUUCAAUUUAAUACUGAACAACAGUGCUCUAAUAUUUCUUUCACACUUAUGUAAAUCUUAAUAGCAGUUGCUCAGCUGGUGCAUGUCUCCCAGGAAGUGCACAAUUUGAAUUCUGCCAUCUGUGCUCAUAGGCUCUUAGUUCUGGGCAUGAAGGUAUUUGAGCCAAUCACCUGAGCUGUAAAUGCCAUAUGAAAAAUCACUCUGCACUAGCAGGAAAAUGAUCCGUUGAUGGUAAUAUAAAACACCAGUCCCAUGCCCUUCAGUAGCGACUAUUCUCAGCUGUGACAUAAAAAAAUAAAUAAAAAUAAAAUAAUAAAACAGGGAAAAAUAUCCAAAAAUGUGAAAGUCUAUUUCACGCAUUAUAAAGCCUAAAACAACAACAUCUAAUAUAAUUUAAGAAAUAUUUUGUAUACUUAAACAGUUCUCUAUCUGUACCUGUCAUUUGCUUCAGUCUGCAUAUUCAAUAAAAAUCAUGCUUUCUGCCUCA